ACAUGUACACUGAUCAUCAGGGCACUGAUGGUCAGUGUGCCCUGAUGAUCAGUGUGACCCCAGAAGUGCCACCUGUCAGUGUCCAUCAGUGCCACCUGUCAGUGCCACGUGCCAGUGCCACAUCAAUGCCACAUAUCAGUGUCCAUCUGAGCUGCCUUUCAAUGUCACCCAUCAGUGCCAGUCAGUGCCACCUAUCAAUGCCAAUCAGUGCCACCUAUCAGUGCCAUGCCCAUCAGUGCCACCUAUCAGUGUCCAUCAGUGCAGCCUAUCAGUGCCCAUCAGUGCAGCCUCAUUAGCGCACAUCAGUGAAGGAGAAAAAUCACUUAUUUACAAAAUUGUAUAA